AUGCCCUCUCACCCCGAUACCCGUCCUGCAAAGAAUGGUGGAAUAUACAAUGUCCUCCUUACAGGAUUUGGUCCAUUUGGACAAUAUAAAGAAAAUCCAUCCUGGCUCGCCGUCCGACCCCUGCAAAAUACGCUUAUCACCCUUGACCCCCAUCAUGAACCGAUCGUUGCUGAUCCCCAUGCCAGUCCAGCCGCAGAUGGCCCAGCGAUCCUGAACGAAGACCCCAAACGUUCACCGCCUGCUGCAAUCCAAAUUUCGACGUUGGAGAUACCAGUUGAAUAUGAGACGAUCAUGAAGAUUAUUCCAGGACUGCAUGCACGGCCACCUGUUCUCCCCGAACAAGUACAGGGCAAUCCUCUGUUUCCCCUUCCGCCAGAACGUGGAUACGACUUUAUCUUUCACAUUGGGGCUGCCGGACGUGGACCAUUACGGAUGGAGAAGCUAGCGCACAAGACUGGCUAUCACAUGAAGGACGCGUCGGGGAACUAUGCUCCUACAUCCAACACCAAGAAGUCAGAGGAAGUGAAUGGCGCGGCCACGGCCGCGGGUGUUGUAGCGAUCCCAGAAGGACAACCACGACUGCCUUCAAGUGAUAUACCACCGGAAACUGGGCCGCCUGACAGUUUUACUUCACGCGUUCACAGAGGAUAUGGACAUGGUUACGAGCGCUUUACGGAGGAGCUCCUGACUGAUAUCGACGUUACGCGCCUGGUGCAAGACAUGAAGGUGGCAGGAAUCGAGCAAGUAUAUUCGUCAAUGGACGCAGGUCACUUCCUCUGCGAUUUCAUCUAUUACGGUUCAUUAGCGGAGGCGCAACGCAACAGGAAGCCUUACGACAAGUCCAAUCGUACUCGAGUGCUGUUCAUGCACUGUCCACCGGUGAAUCAGCCCUGCAGCACGGAAGAAGUGACGGACGCUAUCAAGCAAAUCAUUGUAUGGGUAUGCGAGGAUGGCAGCUCGGAUUCGUGA